CUUGCUCCCAACCACCAUCUCGCUUUCAAUUGAAGUCUGAGGCCGAAGCGUCGGAACGUCUGAGCUCGACAUAAGCACUCACAAGUGGCUCUUUUCCCUCGUCUACUUUCUCUGAAAUGGCGCAAACCUAUUUGGGCGUGACGCCCCCAAUCUCCACCGCUGAAUCGUCUGCAGAAGAUCAAAAACUCACGGAAUCUCUUAUGCAAGAAUUACGGGCGCAGAGCACGUUCGAGUCCGACCAAGAGUCGCGCACCAGAGAGAUAGUGCUCGGUCGUAUAUCUGCAUUAGUGAAGAAGUUUGUAACAACAGUAGCGAAGGCGCAUGGCUUGUCAGACGCGACCGCGAACGCGGCGGGUGGUAAAAUAUUCACCUUUGGGUCAUACCGGCUCGGCGUACACGGGCCAGGUUCGGAUAUUGACACCCUAUGCGUCGUCCCUAAGCAUGUCAACCGUGACGAGUUCUUCUCCGUGUUUGAGCCCAUGCUGCGCGAGGAGCCAAACAUAACGGAAGUCUCGGGCGUCCCCGACGCGUUCGUUCCCAUUAUCAAGAUCAAGAUGAUGGGUAUUCCGCUCGACUUGCUGAUGGCACGCAUGGUGCAGCUCUCCUCCAUCCCGGACGACCUCUCGCUGCAGAACAAUGAGCUGCUGCGCAACCUCGACGAGCGCUGUAUCAAGAGUCUCGGAGGCUCGCGCCUCGUCGACGAGAUUCUCAGUCUGAUCCCGAAUCACCAGGUCUUCCGCGACGCUCUCCGGUGCAUCAAGUUGUGGGCACAAAGACGAGCCAUCUACUCGAACAUCAAUGGAUUCCUCGGUGGUGUAGCUUGGGCAAUGCUGGUCGCGCGUAUCUGUCAGCUGUACCCGAACGCUGUCGCGGGUACUAUUGUGCGGCGCUUCUUUGGGAUCAUGUGGAGGUGGCAAUGGCCGCAACCUGUACUGUUGAAGCAGAUCGAAGAGGGCCCCCUUGAAGUUAGAAUAUGGAAUCCUCAGGUUUACCCGUCCGACCGCGCUCACCGCAUGCCUAUCAUCACCCCCUCAUACCCCUCCAUGAAUUCAACGCAUAACGUAUCCUAUUCUACACAAACUGUCAUGAUCCACGAGUUCAAGCGAGGCCUUGAUAUCGUUGGUCAAAUACAGAAGGGCGAGGCCUCCUGGGCCGACCUCUUCAACAAGCACACCUUCUUCACCGACUUUAGACACUACCUCCAGAUCGUGGCCUCUGCGGAUGAUCAACACUCGCACGACAAAUGGUCUGGCUUCAUCGAGUCGCGCAUUCGCCAGCUGGUCCUCCGCUUGGACGCGCAGGAAGGGAGCAUCAUACAGGUGACGCGGCCCUUCAUCAAGGGCUUCGAGAGGAUAUAUCACUGUAUCUCCGACGACGAACGCCGUGCGGCGACGGAAGGGCGCUUUUCGGACCUCAAGGCUGCGGAGGGCCGCCCCGCGGGCGACAAAACUACCACCGUCUACACCACGGCGUUCUUCCUCGGCCUGGAAUUCAAGCCCAAGGACGGCAACUCGGGCACCCGGCAGCUUAACAUCUCCUUCCCUACCGGCGAGUUCUGCAAUCUCGUGAAGAAGUGGGAGACGUACGACGAGACGAAGAUGCGCGUGAACGUGCGGCAUAUCAAGAGGAGCGAGCUGCCCGAGUUCGUAUACGAGUCGCCCGCGGAGCGGCCGAGGAAGCGCAAGAGCGUCGCCGGCGGGCACUCGCCUGACAAGAGCGAGAAGAAGCGGCGGGUUUCCGCUGUGCCUAAUGGUGUCAAGGCGGAUACGAACGGUGCUGCUUCGGUGAGGUCGACGCCUGGGAUCAGUACGCCUGCAUAGGGGAUAGCGUGUGUGAUCGCUGGCUUGCAUCAACACGGGCGCUCUUCCUGGGAGGUAACGAGGAUGAGGGCGCGCAUGGUGCGGGUCAAGCCCUUUCGCCGGGUAGGAUGAGGACGCUGUCGUCAGUUGUACGCGUUUCUGCUUAUAUCGUAUCUAAAACUCCUGUACCGUAUACUUGUGUCUAAUGCUCAAUCGAGGUUAUAACUUGAA